UGCUGGACGAAGCCAGUCUCUGGUGCUGCUGCUGCUGCUGCUGCUGCUGAAGUUACCUGGAGCUUGCCUGCGUGUGUCGCUCCCCGCCUUGUUCCUGCACCACCCGCUCCUCCGGGCCGUGUCAAUCCCCCCGACACUGGAUGUAAACCUUUUCCUCUGGCCGUAUACGUUACUCUUGGAUGUGAUGAAUGUCAGAGCGUGGAGAGUUAAGUACAACUGUCACAACGUUGAUUAUUGUUGUCGCAAGGCUAAGAAUUGUUGCUCAGGUGAUUGCUGAUAUUAUAUAUACAUAUUGUUAGUGAUGUUGAUUGUGAGUGCCGCUAGACGGAGUGUUCGGUGUAGUGUUAUGUAGGUGGCUGUGGUGUUGCUCCACACCCCUUGUGUUGGGCCCAGACUGGACAAGGGCUGAAAGAUGAUACAGGGAAAAAUGUUUAUGUAAAUGUAUCAGAGUGGAACAAGUAGUGAUCUCAGCCCUGGAACAAGUGGUGAUCUCAGCCCCGGAGAGUAGCAAGGCAGUGCUUCAAAACACUAAUUAACAAGAUGUUUACACUUGCAAGAUGAUCCAGUGAGCAUGAUAGAUACGGCAUCUGGUGACCGGCUUCCGGUGAAGAGUGUAACCUCGAUGCCUCCAGCAAGGUCACGUCCAGAGGCCGCCUCCUCCCCUGCCCACCUUCAGCCUCUGUAGAACACACGUGGGCAGCAGCAGCGAGGGAGGAGGACUAGACAGGAUGAACGGCUCACUCUAUGAGGACUCGGCCAGUACACGAGGUUUGGAGCCCACCGGCCAGACACCGCUCCACAUCCCGGCCAAGCGUGUGGCCACCACCCUGGCCGUCUCCACCUACCCGCACCCGCCCGAGUGCCCCGCGGGGCCGGACUCGGGCGCUGCGGCCGGAGUCAUCCGGCACUCACACUCCACACAGCCCUGGAACUAUCAACCCGACCAUGCCGCCGCAACCGCCCCCUUCGACUCCCAGUACGGCCAGGCUUUCUGCCGAGACGGCGUCACGCCCACCUACUACAAUAUUGCGGAUUCCAGAAUGGCUGACCGCAAGACUCUGGCCUUCUGGCCAAACAAAUACGAAUACGCGCCGGGACCAUCCUCGAUGGCCACGGAGUCAUGUCAAGCCUUCGCCGCUCAGACGUGGUGCAACUACCCUCCCUACGGGCGUGUUGGGCACGUGGAUGCCCACGGCCAGCCUGUGCCAUACCUGACGGCGGCAGACGGGGCACCAAAGUCUGCCAUGGAGGCCGCUGCUGGCUACCCUCACGACGGCUACCUAAGGAACUACCCGACAGCGGAGAGUAUGCCCCCAGCACCUUACCCUCCAGCUCACCGGCCGCCCUUCCCAGUCUCACAUGCAGUUUCGUGGGGAAGGUACGGUGAAAUGGGGGCACUGGGUUCCAUCCCUCAAGAAUGGACGGGGACCAUGACAGUGAGGAAGAAGCGGAAGCCUUACAGCAAGUUCCAGACGCUGGAGCUGGAGAAGGAGUUCCUCUACAACGCCUACGUCUCCAAGCAGAAGCGCUGGGAGCUGGCGCGUAACCUCAACCUCACUGAACGACAGGUCAAAAUAUGGUUCCAGAACCGCCGCAUGAAGAACAAGAAGAACAGCCAGAGACAGGCGGCGCAGGAGGCGGCGGCGAACGGGGCGGGGGGUGGCACACCUUCCUCUGGGGGUGGCACCCCGGGGCAUCAGCCUAACACCCCCCAAACACCCAAUACUAUUAAGCCUUGACCAGUGCAGGCGUCCUGUCCCGUCGCCGCCGCCGCCGUCGCAACCGCCGCUGCCGUAGGCCCCAAUUUGCCCCCUGCCCCGGCUCUAGCUCCCCACCACCACCACCACCCACUCCCCACCAUUUCCGGGGAUAUGUGGGCGUGAGAGACCAGCGUACUGGGGCAACGGUAUCGUAACCGCUACAGUGUAUACCGUGAGCUGUGGUACAGGGCUGCAAGUCAGUGUUCAAGUGAAAAAGAGCAAAGAAGAAACAAAAAAAAAAAAAUGAAUAGGCUCACCAGGCAUUGUGAAGUGUACAAACAAAUUGCUAAAAGAAAAUAUUAAAAGAGUCAGGUUGGCGGCCGAGUGCUGGACAGGAAAAACUUAAAAAAAGCAAAACACAGAAAAGUCUAAACAAGACUAGAACACGUCACGUGCAAGACAGAGACUUGAUCAUCAGCGAAUCCCAAAAUCAAUUUCCUUUCCUCUCCUCCACCACUCUCACCUAUUAUACUCUACAUUUUCCCUUCCCUCACUCCCGACUUCCCUUCCUCCUCCUGUUGCUACGUCAGGAUUUUCUCCUUGUGUACUGAGAGGCUCUUUCCUUGGCCCAUCUUCCUAGGAGCCGCCACCGACUGAGUGUCGUUUUUAAGUGACCAAAAUAAGUGGUGACGAACUCUACAAAAUACGGUGGUGACAGCUAUUGGAACUGUAACGUAGGGAGAGGAAGGGAGGAGAGAGGUAACGAUAAUGAUGUUGAUAAUGAUGACGAUGCUCCUGCUCCUCCUCCUCCUCCUCCUUCACCCCUUGUAAUCUUCUUUACCCCACAACCCCAUCAUCCCAUCAUUCCUCUCUACUCCUCCUCCUUUCCCAACAUACUAUCUACUUUGUACAUUAAUAUUUAUCGUCAGGUGUAAUAAAUGUAAAUAAAAAAUUCCAAUUUCGUAUGCUGUAGGUAUUGUGCUUAUCGUUCUAUAAUUCAUUUUUUCUCAUUGUACCAGAGUCUAUUGUGAGAGUGUUACCGUCACAGACCCACGUGUUUCCUCCCUUACUAGUAAACAAGGCAGCUUUAUACUUUUAUUCUUUAUUAUCUUGUUACUUCUUGUUACCAUCAGAUUUGUGUUUUGUUUUGUUUUGUUUGUGAAACGCCAAUGCAGAAUCAAUGUCUCUUUAACAUUAGGUAUAGAAAGUGUGUGUGUGUGUGUGUGUGUGUGUGUGUGUGUGUGUGUGUGUUGUGUGUGUGUGUGUACUAGAGAAAACAUUACUUUUGUCAUGGUAUAAGAGUCAUUCUGUUUUAGUCAUGAGUAUUCAAUCAAAUUAGUAUAAACGUCUGAAUAAUGUGGACAAAAAAAGGAGAAUCGUCCCAUUAUAAAACAUUACAUGUCAGUCAGGUCAAGAGGAGAAAAAACAAGAUGUAUUUGAAACAAUAUUUGCUGUCUAUAGAGCUUCAUCAAGCUAUGAUAAAGCCGUGAUAAAGCUCUACACGGAGCGAAAUGCUGUCCCAGUAAAACUUGUUGUGCAACAUGUGUCAUGUUUUUACUAUUGUCAGCAGUACGUUUUAUGGUUCCAGUCAGGACUACGGAAGAGUUGUAGAUAAAUGGUUCAGAGAACCGACAAAUUGAUAAAUUAGAUACUUGCAACACUUGGGUAUCUUUAUUGAUGAAGCCACUGUGUGGCGAAACGUUUCCUCAAUAAAGAUACUCAAGUGUUGCACAUGUGUCUAAUUUACCGAAGAGUUGAGAAUUUGAACUGGCUGAGAGGCAGCGAGGUACUCAUCUCCCGGGUGCCAAGGUAUCAUUAAUCUGCAGAACCCUCACUUAGGUAAUAACAGUCAGUAGGCUCAAGGCGUCUCUAACUUGACUGGCUUUAACACGAACUUACAAGAAGAAAUCACAGCAUGGAAGCUGGGAGAAAGGCAAAACUAAACCACAGUUCAGAGAGAACUUAAAACUGUAACUCUUACAGCUAAUAUAGAACAGAUAUAUAGUACCAUUUCGAAAUAUUUCCAGCAAAUAAAUUAUCGAUUUUCACCAAUUAAUUUUAAUAAUUUUGAUUAAUGUGAAGUUUCAGAGCAAGUUAUUUCCCAGAUAACUGACGUUGUUAAGUUACGCUUCUAUCUCCUAUGGAAUAAUGUUUUAUGUAUUCUGUUAUUAUUAUUAAUAUUAUAUUCGCGAAGAUGCGGUAAAACAGUAAGGGUUCAUACAGCACAAGUGUAAUAGACUUAUUCCUUGAUUUAAGCCAGUUUAAUAUCUUUGAUUUUGUUGUUAGGUAAGACACAUAUGCAACAGUUAGGUAUCUUUAUUUCGAAACGUUUCGCCUACACAGUAGGCUUCUUCAGUCGAGUACAGAAAAGUUGAUAGAAGCAGAAGAGACUUGAAGACGAUGUAAUCAGUCCAUUACCCUUAAAGUUUUGAGGUGGUCAGUCCCUCAGUCUGGAGAAGAGCACUGUUCCAAAGUCUGAAACAAUACUGUGUAGGCGAAACGUUUCGAAAUAAAGAUACCUAACUGUUGCUUAUGUGUCUUACCUAACAACCUGUCGGUAUUUUAUACCAUUUUAAUGUUCAGUCUUCGAUUUUGCCACCGAAGUGACUGGAUUAUUGUGCAUCCCAUAUCCAUCCUGUGGAGGGUAGCACAAGAGCAUAUGGAUACACAAAAGAUCUAGGAACUAGGCGUUAACAGGAGUACAUCUGGAUUUAUAUCUACAGAUCACUUACCGGUUACAAGCAAAUUUAGAAAAUUUGCUUAAUGUCAGGUAUCUUAUUUUCAUUAAUAAGAUAUCUUGAUAUAUCACAUAGGUUAUUAUACUAUCUAUAUUCCUCAAUAAGUUAACAAUUGAGCCCAUAGUGUUCGAGAUACUGACCAUAGGGCUGGGCACUUUGUUUAAUAUCUUUAUAUUUGUCCAGAUGCAUUAGUGAAAGUAAAAUACAGAUAUAAAUACCUUAAUUUCUUAUACAACAAUACAACAGUUUUGUAGAUAUUAAUCCAGAUGUACUCCUGCUAACCUCAUGUGGGGUCUAGUUCCUAGGACUUUGAUGUAUUCAUAUCUGCUUCGGCGACAAACUAAAUUUGAUGAUUUAAGAUCACAUCACUAGUAUCAAGGCACCUUGAAGGUGCAUUAAGUAAUUAGUGGUAGUUCAAGUUGGUGUUUACCACUGAAUAAGAAAAUUACCAGACUACAGCUAGGUCAGAUUUUUACAAAAUGUUAACGAGGCUCUUUCAAGAUGCGUGACUGGAUGCUGGAGAAAUCCAGAUCCAAGGAACUUGAGCUAAUCUCAACCCCUUAAUCAAACCUAAUUGUCUCACUUUUUCCCAGGUGCUGGACAGCCAGUGCAGAUUUAACGCUUCCCUAUGAAUUUAAUAUAAAUAAGUCUUGUCACUGUCGUGAGAAGCAGAUCUAUCAGUCUAGCUAAGCAAAUAAAACAUGUUUUAGACUUGUGAAAUAUGACUAAAACACGUUUUUUGUUGGUAGGUCUUUCGUGCUCUGCACGUCUGCUCGGGGUCAGUGGACGGAGGAUCGAGCCUCCACCAGUUAAAUGACACACACGGGUUUAGGGCUUCACCUAAUUAUAAAAGCAGUGGUAUAUUGAGAAGAAGCAACAACAACCGCUACUACUACCACUAAAAUAAAGCCACAGUCACUGCAUAUGUUACAACCACAACACCUACAACUACAACAACGUUUAUAAUAGAUAAUACAACAACCUCUUCAAAGUUGAGAGAAGAAGCUUGACCGGAACAUCAGUCGUAGAACUUUCGCAGCUUUGUAUUUUGUAACUUUGUUGUUCUGAUACUUCUUA